UGGCGUGGGGGUAGAUAUACUGGCGUGGGUAGAUAUACUGGUGUGGGUAGAUAUACUGGUGUGGGUAGAUAUACUGGUGUGACAUCAUGGCGGAUACUACACUUGUCUUCGUCUUGUGUGUCCUUGCACUUCUGAUCGCUGCCGCUGAAUCUAAUAAUGCGACAGAAAAGAUAAUGUUUAUCACAGACAGCGGUGGAGCUUUAGAAGUCAACGGGAGCGUGUACCGAUGCAUCCUGGAUGGCAGGUCCAGCUGCAGUGUUCUCCCGAUCCACACCCCCAACCCCAGGUGCCCUGUAUACGACCCUGUGGAGGACUACGUCUACUGGUCCGACUAUGCUCUCAUGUCUGUUUGUAGGGUCAAGUCUUCAGGAGAAGACUACGAAACGUGGGUGAACGUCUCCAGAGGUUUAUAUGGAAUGGCCCUUGAUCCCGAACUUAGGGCAAUCUUUGUAUAA